AGCCGCUCUGCGCAUCCGUCGUCUGUAGUGUUGGACAGAGCGCAGCCAUUUCCCUGCCACUCUUUUUGUUUUUUUAAAAAAACCCAAACACUCAGAUGGUGUCAUGGCGUCUGUCCAUCACGCACCUGAACUAACCUUGUAUGCGGGGGUCAUGAUUUCAGAUGAAGCCCGCGUCACCGACUGACAGAUCCGCGGCCUCCAAACUUUCUCCGAAAUCAACGCCUGCGCAGACGAACUCUCCUUCUCUCCAGCGCUCAGCUUCAUGUCGUCGUCUCUGUGUGUGCGAGAUGGAGAGGAACCUGCAAGGAAGCCUCGCAACUAUGCAUGUGAAGACUGAAGCGGGGGAUGAAAACACAUCCGCGCCGGAAUUGUGCAGCCAGGAGCCGCCUGCACGCAGAGGAGGAGGAGGAGGAGGAGGAGGAGGAGGAGGGGUGGAUCAGACUGCAGAGGAGCUGCAGGCAGCCGCGACAUCCACUCCUGUGCUGCUGUAUCCUGUGAGCACUGAGAGGUUCUUCACCACAACAGGAGAUGGAAAAACCUUCCUGAAGAUCGCUCCAGCUUCAGUGAUGCCACCUGCUUCUUUGGAGAAGACACUUCCCUCUGGCUCAGACUUCUCCUCCAAAGCUGUUCUGUGUCUGAUUGAGGCCGUCGGCCGCCGCUGGGGCCUGUAUGAAACCCGCGAGCGCUCGCAGCUCUUCCAGAGCGUCCAGGAAGAGAUGGCCUCCAAGGGCCACGUACUUCCCGUUGAGAAGAUCCGUCGCAAAUGGAACAACCUUAUUGUCACGUACAAGAGGGUCAAGGACCGCAGCCGGGAGACGGGGCAUGCAAAAACCUCAUGGGAGUUCUUUGACUUGAUGGAUGCCACGCUCUGUGACACUGUUGGCUCUCAGAUCCUCAACAGCAAAAGACACAAAGGUGGCAACUCUGCCUCUACGUCCCCCUGUCCUUUGGCAAAAAUUGCUGCAAAACCACAGCUUCCCCAGGCCACAACCAUUGUCCGACACAACAGUGACUUUGCAGUCCCCGGUGGUUUGGAGUCAGCUGGUCAGGGAGUUGCCACCAAUCAAAUCAUCGGUAGCACUGCUGCGAUGACCACAGUGGCUACGGCGACCAUUAGCCCUACAAGUGCUCCAGAGGUCAAGCCCCUCAUCGUCCUCAACGGUGACAUUGUUACGACCAGUAUUCAUCCAGCUCCCAUCAUGCCAUCUCCAUCUUUUAUCUCCUCACCUUGUUUUACAGAAACAGCCUCCUCUUCUCCUUCCCUUGGAUCACCUGGUCACACAGACCUCAACACGUCACACUGUGUAGGCCGCAAAGCUCCGUCCUUCUCGACGGGUGUCAUACCUUUCCGUCUCAAUGCGGCACCAGCCAGCAACAAUCAGAAACUCCUUGGCCUCUCGUCCGCUUUCCCACCUAUAUCCCCCUGCCUCACGUCAUCUGCUGCCACCACAUUACCUGUAGUGUCAGGGAGUGAAGCAGCGAACCAGAAGAGAAGCGAGGAGCAAAGCAGCGUGUCUCUGCUCCAAGCGAUCCUGAAGGGGCAGGAGGAGCAAGUCUACCUGGACCAAGUAGCUCGCCGCAGGGUUGAAGCCAGAGAGAAGAGGCGUGAGCGGAGGGAGGUGCGCAUGGCGGAGGCCCUCGGAAGGAUAGCCACGGCUCUUGAGCUGCUAUCGUCCAAACAGGACACAGUCAUUGCCCUCCUGCAGAGACUGGCUGAUCGGAAGUGAUGUCCACUGAAAGGCUAGAAAACGGAAGCUCAGUAACCUUUUUACCUUCUACGAACCAUAGUGAUGAAAACCAUCUGGUACUCGGACAUCAAACAAAGCAGAUUUAAUAAAAAAAAGAUACUAACUGGUCACUUUUGUUUAUUAAGAAUAAGUGAAAUGCUGUGUUUGUUGUUGCCCUGGCAUCUAAUAAACCUUCUCAAAGGGACAGUUAAAGGUUAAUUACCAUGUUUACUGUGUAAUGAAGUACAUUAGUUUUGACCGAUGGUAGUAUAAUACUCAUUCCAGAGG